UAAGUCUGCCUAUCUGGCAUAUUUGUCUGUCUCUCACCCACCGUGGGCUCUCACCGGCUGCCAAAGUCCCUCUCGGACAGAAUCAAAACACCUCCCCAAACAAAACCAGCUAGACUGACGGAAGUUUGUUUCUCAGUUCCUAACAGGGAAUUGCGACCUUCAGACAUAGCCAAUCACCGGAAAGCUGGCUGUCUUCCCCUCCACCUGUCUUUGCUCCAAGCAAGUUCUGUACCUGCAAGGUGGUGGCACACUGGCUACCGCCACUUAGAGAAAGAGAAUGAGACUCUAGCUUUGGUUACAGAAUCUGGAUUGAAAAAAAAAAAAAGAAUCUGGAUUGAUCUGUACACUCAGAAAGCAGUCAGCAGAGACAACACAACAGAGACCUCCUGGGAGGGGAGAGCAGGGAUUCCAGCCUCAGGGUUUCUGCUAGAGAGGCAAACUGUGGGGGGGGGGGGGUGUUAAGAGGGUGAUACAAGAUACAAAGAGGGAGCCUGGGGGCCAGAGACAAAACUUCCCUGACGGCCUAACUGGGCACCUGCCUGCAUAAAGCCUCCGGUCCUGGCCCUCAGUUCCACUUUUCCCACAUUCAGGAAUAUGAACCCCAGCCCGGCUUCCCCUCUAGCGGCACCAUGGUAACCAGGCCCAGCCUAACGUUCCCUCCCCCCUCCCCCCCCAGAGAACUCUGUUUGUCUCCAGGUACCUAGUCGGGGAUGAACAGAGGGCAAGUGGGCACAGACAGGGAAUGAGAGAGGGGCGGGGUGGGGCGGCAGGGGGAUGGAGCCAGAAGUAGCUAUGGAAGAGAGACUGAGGAUUCAAUCUGGGAGAAGGGGAAGGGGAAGUAGAGAGGCUCAGAGAGGGUGACAGGGUUGGGGAGAGACUCCAAAGGAUGAAGAGGGGGCAAUCUGGGGGGCUAGGGAGCUGUUGGGGAGGCUGAAGGAGAAGGCUGGGGAGAUGGAGGGAGAGACCAGUGAGGAGGGGAAGAGGAGAGAGUCUUCUGGGAGAAAUGUAGAGGACAGCUGGGGCGUGGGGUUGGGAGGGAGGCAGGCAGAGAAGUUGGGGGAAAACCGAAGACAGGGAUGGGGCAGGAGGGGUGGAGAGACCAGAAGACGGGGAGAGACGGGGAAGGAAGUAGACUGGGGCGCACACCGAGUCCCCGAGGUUAGGGGAACGCGCGUGUCCUUGUGGUCUCAGCCUUCCAGUUCCGUGUUUGUCCCACGUGGUUUCAAAGAGCAAGAAGCAGGAGCCGACGGAAAGUGCUGGGGUGUGUGGUCCAGUGUGAACACGCCGCCCCAUCUCCCUGGACCUCCUCCGACCCGCCUCUCCAGGAUGCAGUCAGGGGUGGAGCCACUCAGCUCCCCAAACCUGGCCGGCCACGGCUUGCACAGGGAGGCAGGAUCCGUCCUUGUGGAUCUGGAGGCUACAGAGGAGUCCAUGGCUCGGAGCCUGAGCAGACCCAUCAAAUCCUCAAAGCAGUACCUGCGGCACGUCAUCUCAGAGUAUGAGGCACUGGAUCGGGAGCUCCCGUGUAUCCGAAAGUUCGCAGCACCGCCCUCUGCCCAGCCCCUCUGCCUAUGCAUGGAGACUUCGGAGGAUUUCACGCACCUGGAGGUGCUGGAGGCUCUGGAGGCGGAGAUGCCCGGGGCCAUGGAGAGUGGGCGUGUGAGCAGCAUCCGGUAUGAGAACAUGAAUGUCAUUUGCGGGACGGCCGGCCGCAGAGACAGAUGGCUCAUCACCGUCACAGACUUCCAAACGCGCUCGCGCCUGCUGCGCUCGGGACUCUGUCUCCGCGGAAUCGCUUACCCACUGAUGCGCCACGACGAUCUGCUGCUGGGCGACUACCGCCUUCACCUGCGCCGAUCCCUAGUCCGACGGCGAAUGCUCCAGGCUCUGGGGGCGGAGCCGGUCGAAGAAGAUUGAC